CACGUCGCAUGCUCACCCUUUUCAAUCGGAGGAGUCGGGCUUGUCUGGUAACGCCAAGCGUUACACGGCCUGUCAUGCCAUGUCCGGCUUGGCUUCCUCGCUUGGGGAGUCGACGGCACGACCGUCUCGCUUGACUAAUCCCGAUCCGAUCGCCAGCGCGUCUCUUGUCCUACGUCGCGCAGCUGCAUCACGUACGCCAGGCACCGCUUAAGCAUCCCCCCUUGCAAGCAUGUGCGACGACAUGUCUCCCAACUCCACCCCUUUGACCAUCAUCGUCGCCGCCUGCCUCAAGAAUGGCAUCGGCAAGGACGGCGCCCUGCCUUGGCCGAUGCUCAAGAAGGAAAUGGCAUAUUUCGCACGCGUCACCAAACGCGUUCCUCACCAGUCCAACACCACCACCGCCGCCCCCCGCAAUGUAGUCAUCAUGGGCCGCAAGACAUGGGACAGCAUCCCGCCCAAAUUCCGGCCUCUCAAGGACCGCACCAACAUCGUCAUCUCCACCAAAUCCCGCGCGGAGAUCGGGCCUCUCCCCGAGGACGUGGUGGUCACGACGGACAUCGCGAGUGGUCUGACGACGCUGCAGGCACUGGUGCAGGAACGAAACCUCCCGCCCAUUGGACGCGCAUUUAUCAUUGGUGGCUCGAGCAUAUACGAGCAGGCGCUGCGCCUUCCGCAGACCACGGCCAUUCUUCUCACCCGCAUCAACAAGGACUACGAUUGUGAUACCGUCUUUCCCGUAGAGCUGCCCGGUCAGGACAAGGCGCAGUCUGAUGGCACGUGGCAGAGGAGCAGCCUGCAGACUUUGAGGGAUUUCACUGGCGAGGAUAUUCCCGAUGGCUCAAUCUCCGAGCAAGCCAGUGAUGGGCCGGUCGAAUUCGAGUAUCAGCUGUACGAGCGUCGGUGAGAGCUUGGCAUCAUCCUGCCUUCAGCCAGUGUACUGCACAUGCGAGUCUCGCCUCCUGCGGUAGGACCUCUGGGACGCUGCAGCCUGUUUCUAUGGCGAAGCAUAAGAAGACGGAGCAGCGACAAACGCCGUUUGCCUACGCAUGUCUCAUGCGGGAUGCGGGAUUCUUGCCUAGCUCAAUGCAUCGUCAUGCACCACUAGACUCGCUGUUGCUUGGAGUUUCAGCAGCGAGAAGGCUGUCUGUUGCGCGCAAGGCUCUGUUAAGGUGAGGCUGCCGUAUGCAACACGGAAGAUGUGAAGGACGGCGACAACCUUGUGAUUGAGGAAGACCCUCUCGAUCUCGCCUGUAGGCAAUGGAUGAGAGACCUCCACACGGCCACUGUAUUAAUAUAGCAUAUUCCUCGCUCCAUAAUCGAGAUAUACAUCGGAAAAUUUGUCUGAACAG